GACAAUCUGUAUCAAGUGUUAAUAAAGUUUAUUUAGUAUCGAACAAAGUGGUGAGUGCCUCUUUCCCGCCGACUCCUUGAUCGAUCCCCGAAACGACCCGCACAACAUUUCUGGUGGCAACGGUGGGAUCGUUCCGCAGCUACACCCAGUCAUCUGGAAGGAACAAACGAUCGGAAUUCAAGGAAAAGGCCUGAAAAGAAGUCGACAUCCCUGCAGCGAGAAAGAGCCGGUAGAGCCACAACGCAGAGCAUAUCAGUGACACCGGAGAAGCCACGACCUACCGCAACAGCCAGCGCCACGUCACAAACAUGCGAAUUGCGAGCGUAAUGAUGCUCCUUAUGUGGAGAAGAGCAGGACAAGCGACACCUGACUCUCGGCAUAAUCUUGACUGGGAAUUGUUCUCGCACCAGCCAGGAAUCUACUACGAGGAAAUCGGUCAGCUGAGACAGGCUGAAUCGGCAUGGAAAUUAGUGAUAAAACUGAGCGCAAAAGAAUUAGAUCAGACAUCAGCAAUUGCAAGACUAUAUGGAGGAAACCGCAAUACAGUGCCGAAAAGUAAUAGGCAACGCCCAGUUAGGUUGCCGAAACAUUAUGAGGAUAAUAGAAAGAAAAAACACCAAAUUGAUCACGCUGUUGACACAAGUAGAAACGCUAUACAAAACGACUGA